CCUGAGGACAAGAGCAAGGCACUGGGACUAGUGUCACCUCUGGCACCGCUUGUCCCAAUGUGCUGAGCUCUGCACCGCUCCAGAACCUCUGGCUGGUUUGGUUUGGUCAGAGCUGGGUUUGUCCUCGGCUCUGCCUCCUUCCCCGCUGUCUCGGUGACGGUUUGUGAAGCAAGAAGCUUCUCAAAUCCAGAUUUCAGGGAGGAGGUCCGUACUGCUCGUGCAGAUGGGCAGCCAAAGGGCAGGCUGGGGCUGAGGUCACUCUGCUCACCACAGCCACCUAAUGUACCAAGGUUCUUGGUGUUCCUCACUCUGCCUUCUCCUGGCUCUUCCCAGCCUGGCAGAGAGGCCACUGGGGGCUUGGGGAGCUGGAAGAUGAGCAGCCCCGAGAAAUGUUCAGCCCAUCCCAACCACUAACCUGGCUCAGCCUGCUGGGAUGAGGGAGGGAAUGUCUGGAGGAUGGUGUUUCCAUGUCUAUGUGUCUUUCCGUGCCAGAGAAUCUCCUGCCAGAAGUGGAGGUGCUCCAGAAGAUCAGGCUGCUCUCCCUCAUUGGGAGAGGUACGCAGUUCCUGGCACUGGGGAGGCACAAGGAAGCCUUGUUGGAUUUCCAGCACGGCUUGCAGAUCUCGCCAGAUGACCCAGCUGCUCUUCCCUACCUGGUGGAGGCCCUGUGGAAGCUGGACCGAAAGCCGGAGGCGGCAGCUCGGUGGCAGAAGUUCUCCCGGAGCUCCCCCGGGGAGGACGGGCAGGGAAGGCCCCUCCCGCUCUUCCUGGCCUCCUGCCUCCAGCGGGCGGCCUUCCCACGCCGCGAGGAACUCACCAGGAGCCUAGGGGACUACCUCGGGACCUUGCACGGGGACCCCGCCAGCUGACACACACCCCCCCCCGGAAUUCCUCCAGCACGAAGCCGGGUUCCCGAAGGAUUGGUGCGCAGCGGAUCCCCUUUUUGUAAUAAAAACCUAUUUUUAACUUU